AUGGUCACGAUUUUUCUUAUUAAGUUAAAUAUUUUUUCUGUAGUUUUCAUUUUUUAUUAUCAAGCAUCUUGGAUAUUUACGAUUGUGCCAGAAGAUAUUUGCAGUUUCAAAUAUAAUUCAUUAUUAUCAACCUUGUCUCUUUUAAAUCCAGAUGAACUUGUUUCACAGACUGUAGAAAAAGAACCAAGAGAAGUCGAUUUUAUAAUAAUAGGAGCAGGAACAGCGGGAUGUAUCCUAGCCAAUAGAUUAUCAGAGAACAAAAAUUGGAGUGUAGAUAAAACUAUAAAUGAAAUAUUUUCUAAAAACAAAUUUUUAAUCUUUUCCAAAAUCAAUGAUUCUCAAAAUUUUCCACAGAUACUUCUAUUAGAAGAAGGUGGAGAGGAGCCACUAAUAACCAGUAUUCCAGCAACAUUACCAGCUCUUGAAAAAAUUAGUCGAAUUUAUCGAGCCCUAUCAGGCGAAAAUUAUUGUUUGGCAAACAAUGAAUGUUGGUUUGUUAAUGGAAAAGUUAUGGGAGGAAGUAGCAGCAUUAAUGGAAUGAUGUACACCAGAGGUAACAAAGAAGAUUUUGAUACUUGGACCCAAUUAGGAAAUCCAGGCUGGGGAUAUAAAGAAGUACUGCCUCUUUUCAUUAGAUCAGAAGAUAAUAGGGACAUAGAUAUAUUAACCUCCAAUCCAGAUUACCAUGGAACUGGUGGCUAUCAGUCUGUUCAAAGAUUACCAUACGUAGAUCCAAUCGCAACAACUCUUCUUCAAGCUCUACAAGAAAUUGGCUACAAUACUACAGAUUUGAACGGACCGAACCAAAUCGGAUCGAUGCGAGUGCAAGCAACAUCAAACAAUGGAUCAAGAGCAAGUACAAAUGUAGCUUUUCUUCGACACAUUAGAACGAAACGACACAAUUUAAUUAUUCGUACAAAUACCCGAGUGGUGAAAAUUAUAAUUGAUAAGGGAAAAAGAGCAAAUGGUGUAGAAAUCACCUCACUGGAAACAGGAGCAACUGACAUUAUCACAGCAAAAAAAGAAGUCAUCCUAUCAGCCGGAGCAAUUGAAUCACCAAAAUUACUAAUGCUUUCUGGAAUAGGUCCAAAGGAUGAUCUCGAAAAACAUGGAAUCAAUGUUGUGCAGAAUCUAUCCGUAGGACAUAAUCUUCAGGAUCAUGUAACAUACACUGGAGUUCGGUACAAACUGCGAGAAGAUGAACCUUUAUACAAUCCGGAUUGUCCAACGAGACAGAAGCAUUUAAACCAGUAUUUAAAAUUUAAACGAGGUCCGUUUUCUUCCAUUGGUAUAAUUCAUGCUACUGCGUAUUUACAAACUCCAAAUGUACAAAAUUCUUUAGGUUCGAACAUACAGAUCCUUUUUAGGCCUAAUGUUACAUCACAAGACAGUUGCAUGUACUAUGAUAAUUUUGAUCAACGAAUAGUUUUGUUACUUCCUAAAAGUACCGGCUAUGUGAAACUCAAUGAGACCGAUCCCGUCUGGGGAGAACCUUUAAUCGACUUUAAAUAUUUCUCUAACAGUGCAGAUUUGGAUCAACUAAUGGAAGGAAAUCGAGUGGGACUAAAAAUGAUUGAUACAAGAGCAAUCAGCGAAAGUAUUUUCGAGUUUGAUAGAACACCUCUACCGGGUUGUGAACAACAUGAAUUUAAUUCUGAUGAUUAUUGGCGAUGUUCUGCAAUGCAUUACACUGUAUCAAUGUUUCAUCCAACUGGUACUUGUAAAAUGGGUCUGAAAAAUGAUUCGGAAGCUGUUGUUGAUGCGAGAUUACGAGUUUACGGUGUCAAAGGUUUACGAGUGGCUGAUGCAUCAAUUAUGCCGUUAAUAGUAAGAGCGAAUCCUCAAGCUACUGUAAUGAUGAUUGCUGAAAAGGCCAGUGAUAUGAUCAAAGAAGAUUGGAGGUAAUUUUGUUUUAGUUUCAUUUUUUCUAUAAACAGCGCGUAAUGUCAUUUUUUAGUUGUAGUGAGGUUAUAAAUUUACAGUUUAUUUGAAUUCAUUAUAGCAGAUAAGUGCGCGCUUAAAUUCAAGUUCAAAUAUUUGUGCUCAAAUUGCAUUUAAAACUGUAAAACAAGAUUAUUUGAAAGUUUAAUAGUCGUUAAAUUUUAUUUGUUUUAUCUUUAAACACAACUUUUAAAAACGUUUGUUUAUAAAAAUUGAUCACAUCUUAUUUUAUCUUAUCAAGAUAAUCUGCUUUUUAUGUUCAUCACAGCUUUAAAAGUUGUAUAUAUACAUUCUUAU